AUGACCACAUACCACGAAAAUUAUUUAAAUAACCCACUGGUUAAAGCCUUGAUGACAGGUACACUAGCAGAACUCAAGGAAGUACUUAAAAGUAAAUAUGAAUCACACAGAAGUAAGGCGGAGUCGACGCCUAAAGAUGCACCAGGAACAAAGAAGGAGGAAGAAGGAGAGAGUCAGAGUAAAGUGGCGGAAAAAACACUAGAAGAGCUGGUGGACGAAAACACAAAAAUAACGCCGCUCUGCCAACUCUCACACAAGUCGAACGAAGAGAGUCUGGAAAUAGCGAAGCUGCUAGUGGAGACGUAUACACUGUGUAACCCGAACCACGUGGACCUGAUAGGACAAACGUGCCUGUUCUACGCAGCGAGAGACGGAAGAGGAGAGCUGUGCUCAUACUUCUCGAAACACGGAUGUAACCCGAACCAUAAAGAUCGACUGGGACAAACGUGCACGUUCUACGCAGCAAGAGACGGACACGCAGAAGUGAUAAAGGUGCUGCUGGAACACGGAGCAGACGUAAACAUAAUCGACACAAAUAGCCAAACGUGUCUUUUCUACGCAGCGAGAGACGGAAGAGUGGACGUGGUGAAGCUCCUGCUGGAAAACAACAUCAACUACUCGUGGAAGGACCUGCAGAGAAGAACAGCACUCUCGUUCGCAAAAUCAAAGGGACACAACGAAAUAGUCAGCCUGUUAAAAAAGUCGAGUUCGGAAAAGUCGGCGUCAGCACCGCAGCCGAAGCGAACACUAGAAUCAGAGCUAUCAGGGUCGUUCGAGCCGGAUCCAUUCAGCGGAGUGCCAGUGGUCAGCGGAGACGUGCUGAGCAAGAAGCCGAAGAGGUACAGACUGCAGUUCCGCCCGUUCCCAGAAGACGAUAAGCUGUGGCUGGACGCGCCACUGGUGAAGGUGCAGGAGUUCGAAAUGAGGUUCCCGGAACUGGCGAAGUGGGACAAGGAGGCAGCAUUCCCGCCGACAAACGCACUGAGAAACCCGCUGCUGAAGCAGUGGUACUCGCUCGCGCAGAACCUGCUGAGCAGCCUGCUGAAGCAGGAGGGAGGCUACGUCUUCGACAAGCCAGUCGACGCGAAGAAGCAGAACUGCCCGGACUACUACGACAUCAUCAAAAAGCCAAUGUCAUUCAGCUGCAUACGAGGGAAGCUGAGAAAGUACACGUACACGGACCCGCAGGAGUUCGUCGACGACGUGCUCCUGAUAUUUGAAAACUGCGCGAAGUACAACAAGCCGGAGACGUGGGUGGCGACCGUGGGCAACAACCUGAGGGACUUCUUUAAGCAGCAGCUCGUUGUCCUGGGCUUCGAGGACUUCUGCAAGAAGGAGAAGCUGGUGAAGGAGCUGCUGGAAAAGUCGCAGAUCUACAUCAGCAGCAAAAACCCGGAGGCGAAUCACGUGGAAAAGCCGACGGUGAACGGGGCGGCGCCCAACGGCGCACACGCCGAGGCGAGGGAGGCGCCCGACGCAAAGUCGGCCUCGACAGGCAAGGACGGCGCUGCCGUUGACGGCCCCGCGACUGCGCCCAAGGGUGAGCCCAGGGACGGCCUCCAGGGCAGCCAGGAUCCGCUCGAUGUGAAGGCGGAGCAGGCCCAAGAAAUUGAAAUUUAA